UAGGAAAAAAAGAAAAAAGAAAGAAAAGAAACUUGUUCCGCUGAGUUCAACCCCAGACAGGCUCACAACUUCCUUCCUGCUUUCCGACCCCCUCCCCUCCCUACUCUCGCUCCCGCACAUUCAACACACUGAAGAAACAGCCAAUGACAAGGGUGAUGUUGGAAAAGACGAGUAACGAUCACGGCGGCUGAACAGUUGAAAAAUAAUAGCAGUAAUAAUAAAGUUACAGAUCCAGCCGACAAUAGAAUUUGCUCGCUUUUUUCAGUUACGCGCCUCAGGCGGGGACAAGAGAGACGUCUAAACAUCUUGACCAAGAGGAAGGUAUUAUUAUUUCUAGAGCAAUUUUCAAGUCUGUGCGUCUUCAUGGCUAGAGUUUUUCCCGAGGCAAUUGGAUAGUCAAAGGUGCCAAUCUCUCCUGGACAGUUCGCGUGUUUAUGGAGCUGUGGACCGGGGUCCGCUCAUCGCCCCUACGCGUCUCCCGUUCCCUGGGCAAUGCUGCAGCCGCUGCCGCCGCCGCCUCCCCCUCCUAAGAGGACGUGGGCUGUUCGGCAGAAACUGACCUGGGUGAAGGAGGAGGAGGAGGAGGAAGCGGAGCCUGUCCCCCGGCGGCCGGACCCAUUACUAUGGCCGUGUUUUGCUAUGCGCUCAACAGCCUAGUGAUCAUGAAGAAGAGCGGCGAGGAAGAGGAGAAGAGCCGAGGCUGCAGAGGAGGCAGGAGCAAGACCCCGCCUGCCACGCGCAGACACGGGCCACCUGGAGUCGUCCGGGGAAGCGAGAGGCAUAGCAGCUAUUGCCCUUUGCCUCUGGGCGGCAGCGGCAGUUCCAGCGGCUCCCCCGCUGCAUUCCUCUUCCCUCCAGCCGAGCCGCCGCGGGCCACGGAGGUGGCUCCCGUUCUCAGGUCCCCUCGAGAGCUCGGCAGCCCUCUCUGGACGAGCCCCCAGAGCCGCUCUCCUUCGCCCGGCUGGAAAGAGGCUUGCGGGACGUCGCGGGUCCUCCAGCGGGAGCUGCAGAAUGUGCAGGUGGUUGAGAAAGUGGGGCUGUUCGAGGCGCACAUCCAGGCGCACAGUUCGGGGGGCGCCGCUUUCCCCCUAAAGAGUCCCCGCCUGCCCAGGAGAAAGUCGCCUCCUUCCCCAAGCCGACCUCGCCCCUUGCAGCUGGUGGAGGAUACCCCGUCGAGGCAACGAGAGAUUGAGGAGGGAAUCAAGGAACUCGAUAAACUCUGGUUCCGACUGGAAACCACAGGGAAGGCGUUAGAGAAGGAGGCAGAGAAGGGUUCUGGGGACACCUAUCCAUUACAGGUGGCGGGCAAGGGAAUAAAGGAAGGUGCGUCUCCCUUUACUGAGAAAGAAAACGGACUCUUCCGAGAGCAGGGCCCAAGGCACUGGGCCAAAGAGACCUUUGGAGCACAAGAUUUGGAAGAGGUGGAGAGCAGGAGCCAAACUGGGAUGUGGAGGUCAGAUCCAAUGGAUAAAGGAUGUGCAUUGUUGAAAGGGCCCAAUUCUAACCAGAUGGGGAGGGUGAAUGGGAUUUCCAGGGCACAGGAGUCCAGGCAGACGGAAAGGGGACAGUGGCCUAUUGGGAGGCAGGGCUUUGAGGUGAGAGGUGAGCCUCUGGAAGAAAAAGACUCCAAAGAGGUGGAGAGCAGGAGAAGCUAUGAGGAAACUCGGGGCUCUGAUGAAAUGAGCAUCAUGAUGCAGCCAGAUGAAGGCGAGGCACAACUUUUGGAGGGGUCAAGCAAGGUGAGCAGUUGCUGUGAGAAUCAAAGCUUCAUAGAACUUGAGCUCUGGAGGAGGGACUUUUCUGGAGGGCAGGGCUCAGGAGCAAUAGAGAUGCCCCUUGGAGAGCUGCUCCCUCCAGGAGACCCGCCUUGUCUUGCCAGAACUGACAGCAAGGAAGGUAGCAGCAGCCUGUUCGCUUUGACAUUCUCUGGGAAGCAGUCUUGGACUGAGAUUAUGGCUGAAGCCCAUGCUGUUGGGCUGCAGGAACAGCAGCUUCCGUCAGGGACCUCUGCAGCUUUACCACAACCGAGGCCUUCCCUAGUGGAAGUGGGGAGCUGCUGUGGAGGUGCAACCAUUCCUGCUGUUAUUGUGACAGACCUGGAUGCUCAGGAGGAAGAUAAAACAGGAGCAGCUCCCCCAAAGGACCUGCCAAUCAGGAAGCUGUCUUCUUCCUCAGCUUCUUCCACUGGCUUUUCCUCAUCCUGGGAAGAGUCUGAAGAAGAUAUCUCCAGUGAUCCUGAGCGAUCCUUGGACCAGAGUCCAGCCUUCCUGCAGACCCUGGAUAAACCCAGAGUGAGCAAAUCGUGGCGGAAAAUCAAGAACAUGGUGCAUUGGUCCCCCUUUGUUAUGUCCUUUAAGAAGAAAUAUCCCUGGAUCCAAUUAGCAGGGCAUGCAGGUAGCUUCAAAGCUGCAGCAAAUGGAAGGAUAUUAAAGAAGCAUUGUGAGUCUGAACAGCGUUGUUUGGACCGUUUGAUGAAUGAUGUCCUUAAGCCUUAUGUUCCUGCCUACCAUGGAGAUAUUGUGAAGGAUGGGGAGAGGUAUAAUCAGAUGGAAGAUCUCCUAGCUGAUUUUGAUUCUCCUUGUGUCAUGGACUGCAAGAUGGGAGUCAGGACCUAUUUGGAAGAGGAAUUAUCAAAGGCCAGAAAGAAGCCAAGUUUGCGGAAAGACAUGUAUCAGAAGAUGAUCGAAGUAGAUCCUGAGGCUCCGACUGAGGAAGAGAACUCUCAACAUGCAGUGACCAAGCCUCGAUACAUGCAGUGGAGAGAAACUAUAAGUUCUACAGCAACGUUAGGGUUUCGUAUUGAAGGAAUAAAGAAAGAAGAUGGCACUGUGAACAGGGAUUUCAAGAAGACUCGGACAAAGGAACAAGUCAUGGACGCCUUCAGGGAAUUUACAAAAGGAAACCAUAACAUUCUGAACAGUUAUCUUAACCGGUUAAAGGGAAUACAUGAUACUUUGGAAACAUCACCAUUCUUCAAGACCCAUGAGGUAAUUGGGAGUUCUCUUCUCUUCAUCCAUGACAAGAAGGAGCAGGCCAAAGUAUGGAUGAUUGAUUUUGGGAAAACCACUCCACUUCCAGAGGGACAGGUUCUGCAGCACAAUGUGCCCUGGAUAGAGGGGAACAGAGAGGAUGGCUACCUAUGGGGGCUGGAUAAUCUUAUUGAGAUCCUAACAGAGUUGUCUCAACAUGAAGAUCUGCAUUAAAACCAAGAGUCCACAGUCCACCACCUAGUUCCUCCAACUGACUUUCUGAUCUGCACUACAAGACACUUUUCUUCCACGUUCUCUUCCAGUUCUAAAAUUUAAAAGUUCCUUUUCUUUUAUUUAAGGCAGAGACCCCCAAACGUAGCACUUUUAAGACUUGUAGACUUCAACACCCAGAAUUCU